AAUCAGACCAUCAAGUUACUUCCAUUGCAAACACAACAAAUUCUUUGGAAACCGUGAUAUGGAAGACGAAAUUGGAAAAUCUGGUUCCAAGUUAAUACAACUCAUGAAAGAAAUGAGACUUAGACAAAAUGAAACGGAAACCAGUACAACAGAACAAUCAAAUGCUGAAGUAAUGUUAUUGGCAACUUGUUCUUUUAGCACUCCGAUUACGUGUGACCCUGACUCACUUUACCGUACAGCAGAUGGGUCGUGUAAUAAUCUAGAGAACCCUUAUUGGGGAAAAGGGAUUACGCCGUUUAAUCGAUUUCAAACUCCAGAAUACUUUGACGGUCUGUUCCUUCCUCGAAACACCAGUGUUACAGGGGGUGCGCUGCCAGAAGCAAGAGCUGUUACUAUAGUGAUGCAUCGGAACAGUAGAAUCAGUGAUUUUAGUCAGGAUGUCACACAUUUUACUAUGAUCUUUGGACAGUUCCUUAACCAUGAUAUGUUAAGCACCGCCACUUUUAGAAACGGUUUAGACUGCUGUACUGCUGAAGAUGUGGAACAGUGCAUGCCGAUUUUGCUUCCCAAUGAUGACCCUUAUUUCGGCGCAUUUAAUAGAGAUUGUCUUCCUUUCACGCGAGCUCUUACAACACCUCCACUCAACUGUCAACCUGGUGCUAAAGAAGUAUUGAACAGUCAAACAAGCUUUAUCGAUUGUUCACAAGUCUAUGGAAGCACUCGUGAGCAAAGUCUCAGUUUAAGGACAAUGUCUAAUGGUUUAUUGCUAACAACCUCAGCUGAAGAUUUCGAUUUAUUACCUGUUAAUAACUCCUCUUUCUGUCGAGUACCGGACAAUUUCUGUUUUAUCACUGGUGAUGCAAGAGCCAAUCAAAACAACAUGCUUCUAACGUUGCACACUGUAUUUCUCAGAGAACAUAAUCGUAUUGCAAGAUUUCUCCGUGUUGUAAAUCCCAAUCUUGCCGACGAAGAACUUUUUCAGGAAUCAAGGCGGAUAAAUAUUGCACAAAUGCAGAAUAUCGUCUACAGAGAGUAUCUCCCUCGUAUUCUCGGCGUUUCUGCAGUGCAGUCCCAUGGAUUGCAGUUACUGAAUAGUGGCUUCGAAGAAUAUAAUCAAAAUAUUAACCCAGCCAUUAACGUAGCAUUUUCUGGCGCUGCUUUUCGUUUCGGUCAUUCAACAAUCCGGUCGACAUUUUCCAAUGGUGUAGGUCAGCAAAUUUUGCUGUCCACUUCAUUCAAUACCAACGAUCCUUUCUACGUGGUUGAUAAUGCCGUUGGUAAUUUCAUACGGGGUCUUUUAGUUGACCAAGCUCAAACAACAGAUAGAUUACUUUCUGAUCAAGUAACAGAUCGUCUCUUCGAGUCUGUUCCCGGGCAAAGUCUAGAUUUGGCUUCAAUGAACAUACAGAGAGGUCGCGAUGUUGGAUUAAGACCCUACAUCCAUUGGCGACAAUGGUGUGGUCUUUCUUUCCCGAGAAGUUUUGCAGAUCUUGUGGACCAUACAGAAGAAGAACAAAUUAGACUUCAAAGAGUAUAUUCGGAUGUUGCUGAUAUUGAUCUUUGGACAGGGGGUCUAUCAGAAAGACACAUGAAUGGUAGUAAUCUAGGACCAACGUUUGCUUGCAUCAUUGGACGCCAAUUCUUGUUGCUGAAGUCCGGGGAUCGAUUCUGGUAUGAGAAUUCUGGUCCUCAAAAAUUUACAUCCAACCAGCUUGCAGCUCUACGCCAAAGCAGCCAAUCUCGGAUUUUGUGUGACAAUAGCAAUGUUGUCACUAUCCAAGCCGACCCGUUUACAAAAGUAUCAGAAACAAAUCCAGUUGUUAGUUGCGAUUCCUUACCAGAAGUGGACUUGUGUCUGUUUGGUAGAAGCAUGGCGGAAUGGAGCGAAUGGUCGACCUGCGAAAUUGGAAUUAGACGUCGUGAGAGAGUUUGUCUCGGACCAACUGAUGGUCUUUGCUCAUGUGAGAAGAACUCGACGGAAACUGAUAUUGAAAGAUGUGAAUAACCUCUAGACCGUGGAGUCAAACCGAAGAGGAAAAAAAAAAAACCUAGAAACUACAAAAUUGCUUUAUACUUUUGUUUCGUCAAUAAAAGACUUUUCUGGUAGAUGUUAA